AUGCUCAACCUCUACACCGAAACCACCUUCCAAGUGACUCCCGCCACCAGAGCCUCUGUGGUAGACUACCGAAUUCCCCGGCGAAAUGGUUCAUACGACAGAUCCAAGUUCUCCAGCCGCCAGAACGAUAGGUCAUUCACGAAGAAUGAGCAAGCAUUCGCCUCACAUGUCCUUGCCUCCGAGAGCUCGAUCUUCUUCAGGCGGUCCAAGUCCUACCCUCGCACAUUUCAUUGGAGCAUUGUCAAUGAAGGAAGAGUCCUGCAGAUAAGAUGCUCAGAUCUGGCUAGGAGUGAGGGCGACGUGAAAGAGGCAUACUUUACUCUUCGCUUCGAAUUUCAGGACUCGAUCAUUCCCAGAGGGGCAACUUUUGCUGACUCAGACAAUGGCGAGGAGAUCCAUGUCUUCAUUUGCACAACUAAGAACGAACUCUUCCACCUCCGACUGCCUACCACCGCUUUCCGCGAUCCGGAUGUCCUCCAAACCGAGAAUCUCACUCAAUGGUGCCAAUAUCUUGAGAGCUCCGCCCUCGGCAUUGACACAGUCCACCGUGUUUAUGCUAGCAGCCCGCAAGAGGUCUUCUUGUCGUUCAUCAGCGGCAUGGUGCAGCGAUUACAGCAGCGGUCAAGAGACGGAAGCUGGACGCAAGACAAUUACGAUGACAGGACCUGGGGGGCAUCCCUUCGCGGUAUUGUCAGUCGACGUGGUCUCCAGACAAUUGAAUACGGCGCUAUCCAGUUAGACUCAAGAACUGCUCAAGCCAUGGCCACCUCCCCAGAUGGGAAGUUUCUGUUCACGGUUUGCUUGAAUCAUACCUUGAGGGUCUGGAAUCUCCUCACGGGAAAGGUUGUAGUGACCAACGACUUGUUGGACGCUGUGAGGGAUCCAAAUGAUAGAACACACUUGAAUCCCGCCGAGGAUGCUCUCCUACAGAUCUUCAAGCUUCCCCUUCAGAGAUACCCGGUUCUUCUGACGUACACGCCUCAAGAUGGAGGCCAAUUCAAAUUCUGGGACAUCAAAGGUGGUACGACCGAACCCCUCUUUAUCGAGGACAAAUAUCCCGGAGUGAAAUUGAGUUCUCCGGACCCCGAUCCAUCAGGAAACACCAUGUGGUCUUUGGUGGGGUUCGGACUUAAUCCAGGAACCGACUUCAAGCCCGCUCAACUAUGGGUCUUGUGGCGGAACCACAACUAUCACCAACUUUACAACUGCCAGUUUGAAUUCAGUAGCAUUGUCAACUCAUGGAAGUCAAAUUGGAUCAAAUGUGCUUCAACGUCAUCUUCAAAGAAUGUCGCUCCAGACCUUGUCAAAUCUGACCCUGAAGAUCCUGCCUCAAAGUGGCUUGACUUUCUUUUCCAUCCGGGCCGCUAUUCCGAGGAUGGACUGGAAACGGCGUUAUCCAUUUUUGAAGAGGCGACGGCCGUCAAGUUGCCUAGUUCACAGAGAACUGCUCCCCUGAGACAGAGAAUGGGUGCUGUUGUGGCAGCCGGCGUGUCACUCCGCAAAUACGGGGACUCUGAUUUGGAUUUCCAACGGUUCUGCGCUGACACCGACUCCCAUUGGCGCAACUUCUACAGAAUUGUCGAAACUGUCAAUGAUGGCCGCAAUGCCCCCCUAUCAUUGGCCUACGAUGUGUACACCGAAAUGGUAUGGAUCACCAUGGCGGACAAGUGCUGCGCAAUCAGAGAGUGCAGUAAAAUUGAACUGUUACAACAAAACGAAGUCGAAGAUAUCGACGACCUUGAAGAAGUCGCUGCUCGAGCAUGGACCCACCGUAAAGUUAGCACGGACGAUGGAGAAUCAUUUCGCGACUUGGCGGUACUCAUUUCUGCGGCAAGAACAUUCAGAGAAUCCUUUGGCGCCGACUUUGCCAAAGAUCUGAUCGUUGCCAUAGAAGAGGAUAUGUCCAUUGGUGCCGAAUUUGUUACCCCGACAAGAAUAUAUGAGAUUUUUGACAGCAUCGGAUUCUCGGAUGCGAUUUCCAACGACGUCUUUGAGCGACUUGAGACUGAUCUCACCCCGAUCGGAGGACUUUCCUCUCUGACCAAUGAGUUGUUUCUGGGCGUCCUCGAGUUGCUGGUGGUUAAAAGCAAGAGAACAAAAAGCACACUGCGAAACACCAUGUUUGGUAACCUAUUGUGGUCUGCCGGCAUGGUCGACCUCAUAUCCUCGCGACGCCAAUUACUCAUGGACCUGUUGACGUUGGCUAUCUUUGUUGAGGGCGAGUUGAAUCAGGAAGACGUCAAAUUGACAGCGUUCGACGCUUCUGAGCUGUUUCACCACAUCACACCCCUCCUCAGACUCUAUGAUCGAAACCUUUGGUUGGUAUCGCAUUUUCGGCUCGUGCCAGUGGAGAUUAUGGGUCCGGAUGGGCAUCCAAAUGCCGCUCGUCAGGCUGCGAAACCGAACCCUGAAAAUUAUAGGCUCGUCAGCAUUUUUGAGGAUACGCUGGGUAAAGCCGUUCGCCCGCAGCCUGCUGCCGACAAACCACUCAUGUAUUCGCUCACUGACCAACUAUCUGAAAUUGACGACUGGGCAUCUGGCAAGGAUACGAUUGCUACGGAAGAUGGUGCCGUGUACCUACAGUGCGACCUACUGAUGCAGGGUGAGUUCGAUCUUGCAACGGACUUUCUCAAGUUCCAGCCUUCAACGUCAUGGUCAAGUUAUGUGAAAGGCCGACUUGCUAUCGCCAAGGGUGAGUAUGAUAUGGCAGCGAAUUAUUUCCGCAAGUCUUCAUACGGGCUUGCACGUGGUAAAGCAGUUGGGAAUCUCGUGGCGCUUUCAGCGGGCUUGCUGUCGAUGAUCGAGGCUGAAUAUUUCAAUAAUGGUCUCCCUCUCUAUUUGCACCACAUCACGGCCCUCUUUGAAGCUGCAAAAGCAUUCAACCAAGCUUCUCAGUUCGCUCAUCUGACCCUGGAAGCUUUGCAGUCCCGCCAGAAAGAACCGGUUGCCAACUUUCGUGCUGAUGUCUUGUCUAGACUCUUCAAUGCAGAGUUGCAGCUGUCUAGAUUGGACCGCGCCUACGAUGCCUUAGUCCAGCUGCCCGACCCGGCAUUGCAACGGUCAUCCGCAACAGCGGUUAUCAACUCGAUCCUGAAUUCUCGAUCUUCAGUCACUGGCGCCCCGGGUGCAGUGAAGAUCCUUCAAUCUCUCCCAUGGACUACAUAUCCCCAUCUUGCACGUCACAUGGAUCAACAUCUUGUCUCUUUGGCAAAGAACCAGACCUCUGUCGGAACCAAAUAUUCGCAGUGGCUUGCUGGCGAUGGAAGCCUCGACUACCUUGCCAUCUUGUACGCGAUGAGGGUAGCGCAGAAGGACUACCACGGGGCAGUUACCGUUUUGUACGACCGUCUGAGGUUGAUUCGCCGAUCCGGACGAGCCAGACAUGACCCUCAAGCCACGGCUUUGCGACAGGUUUUACUCUCUCUCAUCAACGUCAUGGCUUGCGUCGGACCCGAGGAAGCCUAUUUAUUGGCGGAAGUCGACGACAAAGCGCGUCUAUCCCAGGAAAACGAGGAAAAUGCCCCAGUCAAUGUGGAGAACGUCAAGAGGAGAAGGAGAAUCAUCAUCACGCUCGAGGAUCUGCGCAAGGAAUACCAAGAAAUACUUGACAAAUGCAGCAGGAUCGAGCGUGGGGAUUUUGAUUUCGAGAUCGACGGAGAAACCGACGAGGAGGAUGACGAUGAUUUCCUGGGCGAUCAGUCUAGGUUAAAUCUCUCUUCACGUCUAAGUGACACUAUGGAAUUCUAA